ACUAAUAUUUAAACAAUAAUCUAAUUAGUUAAACAUUACACAAAUCGUAACAGGCAUUUAAUAUAAUAUUAUUUUAAUAUAAUAUUUAAAUGUAGUUUAGUUUUGAUUUCUACGUUGUAGACUACAUUUAAUAUCGACAAAAACAAGUGUUUGACUGAUUUUGAGCUUUCUCGAUCCAAUCUUCUUUUACAUUCCGACGAGAAAACAUCGCAGCUCUCUUUCUCUCUUUCUUUUUCUCUUAACAAACGUCUAAGAUUAAAACAAUUAAUAAUUUCGGUAAUUUUAUUGUGAUAACCUAUUAUAGAUACAUAAUGGAGACUGUUUUUUUUAUUGUGCUCGUAGUUCAUAUUUUAUCCAUACUUGUCGCUGAUGUCGCAUACGCUAUGGACGAUGAACGAUAAACAUUAAUGAUAUGAAUUAAUUUAAAUGUAGAAAUCGAUCAUAUGUAAUUAUUUACUAUAUGUGUGUGUGUAUGUGUGUGUGUGUGUAUAUAUGUAUAUGUAUAUAUAUAUAUCAUUCUUUUUUCUUUUAUUAUUCAAUCAAUAACAAUGACAAUACAGGCAAAUAGGAGAUAGAUAAUCGUUGAUUGGUCUGUUCUUGUGUUGUGAGAACUGUCAUCUAGCAGACAAAAUAGAAACUACAAAUAAUGUUAUUUGUAUAUAUAAUAUGUGGUGUUCUUAAAAUAAAGUUAAUUUAGUCGUUUUAGAAAGAAGUUUGCCAUAAUGAUUUUUUAACAUACAUCAUUUAGCCAUUUAAUGGGUUAUACCCGUAGCAAAUUUAGAUAGAACGAAUUUAUAUUUAACGUUGUGUGUGCGUGUGUUUGUGUUAAUUAUGGGAAAAACAAAAACUAUUAGCAAGGGUUGUCCUAAAUGUGAACAACAGGUACCCGUCGCUUGUAAAGCUUGUCCAUGUGGGCAUUCAUUUUUUAAUGCACGACGUAAUUCCAUCAAAAGUCCUCCAAGUCCUGACAAUGGAGUUAUGAAAACGAGAAGAACUAAUCGCAUCAAACGUGAAAAGCCAAAUUAUUAUGAUGCUUUAGAAUAUGAUAAACAAACGAAAAAAAGUUCUAAGAUAAGACGUGCUGCGGAUACCUCCAGUGAUAUAGAUUGUCGUCAAUUAAAUAAAAAGAAAAAAAGAAAAGGUAAAGGAAAAGGUAAAAAUGGUAGUAGUUCUGGAUUGGGCGAUGACGACGACGAAAUGGAAGGAAUUAGUGGCUUAUCUCCUGAGAAACAGUUAACAUGUUCUCUUAUUUUACAAGAGCUUAAUAAUAAAAUGAGGGUAGUGGCAUGGAAGCCUUCAUGAAUUUAUCUGGGUGGAAGAUGUACAUACAUAAUUAUGGGAUUAUAAGAUGUGUUUUGAUCGUACAAAUACUUUCGUCUAAAGAUAAUAACAUUAAAUGAAUGUCUUCGAUGUUUUGAAUAACGUCAAACACACAUCACAAAGCAAUAUAAUUUAAAUUAACGAAGUGAAAUAUUCUCUAUGUAUAUACAUAUUUUACAAAGAAAUAUUUUUCUUGUUCU